AUGAAAAAUUCUUGUGUUGUAGACCUAAACGAACCAAAUUUAUUUAGAGAUCAUAAGACCAUGAGUUAAAGCUCACCGAGUUUGCCUUAAGGCCGUUAUUACCCACUGCUAGCAAUGAAAGGGGCUUAUCUUCACAUCUCAAGCCCUUAUUUUCAUCAAAACACCUGCCUUCAAUUUGACUUCGAACAAUCUUUCUUUAAUUAUAACAAUGCUUUCGCAUUGUUGAAGCUCUUAUGAGCUCUUUAAUAAAGACUUUCGAACAAUCAAUUGCAUCUCAUCCAUGAAGUCUGAUGAGCUGUGGGCUUGCUUCCAUCUUACCUCAGAGGAUCUAUCUCUCUGUCAAUUUAUUUUCCUGCAGAGACUUGUGCAGCAUAAAUGCUCAGUCUUCGUCCCACAAUCCUUCAUCUCACCAGUCAUCUUAAUAAGGAACCAAAGGUCAGUUGAUCUGAUGGCAGAACUUGGCUUAAGGAAAUGCUCUUUGUCAGCUAUGGAAAAACUCAUCUGAGGAGAAAAAUUAACUUAAUAAAAGGCAAUUCUUGGCUGGUCGAGCUAUCAUUUCCGUAACUAAAAUAUUUCUAUUUUGUAGACCUAACAGAAGAUUUAAGAUCAGAUCCCCUCACCAAAAAAUUUAUUGAUCUCACUGAGAGUCCAAAUCCUAAAGUAUCAACUAAAUCAUACUUAAAGCCAACUGAAAAUGCAAUUACUUCAAGCCCUAAAAUUACUAUAAAAUCUACUUCUUUUCUUAACACAAUUUCAGAGAGACUCAAAGAAUUGCAUAAUGACAAUGAGGGUGAUGUGUCACUUGAUGAUUGGUAUGAGCCUCCUCCAGCUCCAUAUCCAAAGAAAUACUCUGAGCCUACAUCUCAAGUAGAGCACAAAUCACAUAUUUUGCCAAGGUCUAAUCCCCAUCUUGAUAUAGGAAUUAAAAAACCUCAAUAUCCAUUUUGACUUGCAUAUAAGAAAACAUCUGAAGAAAAUGCGCUUACUUCAUCCUUAAGAGCGUACAAUUUAUAAACUAAUUUAGAUUAUAGCGAAAUCUUUAGUUAAUAUUAUAUAGCUUGCAUUCUUAAGCAUAAAUUCUAUAAAUUAACUUAGAUUUUCUUUCCAAUACUUGAAUAUGGAUAUUUUAAUAAAUUUUUGGGAUGUGCGUUAACGAGCUGCUAAGGUGGAAACAAAAUAAUCUUACGACUAAAUCUCAAGAACCUGAAAUCCCAACCAAAAGAGAAAGAAAAGAAAAAGAAGAAAAUGAUAAAAUUAUUAAAAAACAAAAACUGAUGCUAAAGCUCAAUGAUUUCAUGAAACAAGAAACAGACAAAAAGGAAAGAGAAAAACAACAAAAAGAAAAAACCAGAAAUAAAGGAUAUCAAGAAAAAGAACUUCAAGAGGAAACAAAACACAUGUCUGAGAGUUUAUCAGAAGAAUGAAUUCAAUCUCAGUUAGAAGCAAAUGAAAAAAGUUUAAGAUUUUGCAAUCGAUUUUCUAUUGAAGAAUUUUAUAGCUUUGCACUAAGUCUUGACCUCCAAAAUUUAGAAGGCAGGUUUUUAGCUAACAAACAAAUUCCUCUAGAAUUUAAAAAUGGGAAAUUCUAUAAGGAAUCUUUUUUUCCUGCAUUUUUUGACGAGCUUAGAGCCCUUGUUUUCUGUGCUUUAAGCCAGGCGAAUUUUUCUUCAAGCUCUCUGCUAGAACUUAUCCCUCAUAGCGAUCAAGGAGACUAUGGAUUUAUAGCUCCAGGAGAAGAAAAAAGAGGAGGAGAGUUUUCCUUUUACCAUUCUCUUAGCUCUUCACCUUUUUAAAUAUGAGCAAAUUAUUAUUAAACUUCAAAUUUUGAGUAAAUUAAGCCCCGCUUCAAAUUGGAUUAUUCGUAAUUUAAAAGCUUUAAUAACUCAUCUUAAUCUUAAUUAUACUUAUCUAAAUGCCCACUAUAAUUCCAGAAUGGCUAUCUCCGCCACCUACGCUCCCCGCUUGCUCGUUAGUUCGUGCAAGGCCUUACAUUAUUUGCUGGGUGAUUUUGUUGCUGCUCACACAUCAACAAAUUUUUUCCCCACUAUGAAAAAUUCAAUAUAAUUGGAUUUUCUGCUAGACUUUUGAAAAAAUGAAACCUGAAGCACAGGUGCUCAUACUGGGAAACAGUCCUGAUUGACCAGGAAACAUAUCAAUGGUUCUGUUGGAAACCACUUUCGGCUCCAUUUCCCUCUAAGGCAAAAAACCUUCGUUUUGAAGUGAAACUUGAAGUCGGCUAGCCAAAUAUUGCGCUUCAUCAAGCAGAGUAAAAUCCAGCCAGAUGCAUUUGCGAACGCCAUUUUCCUUCCUCAAGGUCCCCGAAUGCCCUGUGGAAUGUCAGCUAUAGGAGUUACGCCACGCCAUUUUAAUAUAUAUCUUAAUAACUUAUUUAAUAUUACUAAACCGAGAAUUUACGUAUCAUACGCUGUAUUUUAAAGGAUGGAGGAUAAGUAGAAUACUAUUUAACAAAAUACACUUUAAUCAAAAUAUUUCGUAAAAAUUUUAAAAUAAGCAAAGUUUUUCCUAUGAAAAUUUUAAAUUAAAUAUUUUAAAUAAUUAAAAUGUUGUUUUGGGUCAAUUUAAAGCGGGAGAGUAAGCAAGACGAUUUAGUGCUCGUUUUUUCUUUACAAGAAACCAAUAAUAUUCCAGCCUCUUUUGCUGACUUCCCCAAUUAAAUUAGAACAAAGGUUCGGCAAAAUUUCCAUUUUUUGGGUACUUUAAUCCUUACUCCCCCCCCCCCCCUCCGUGAGCGAACAAAACCAUUAGAAAAAUCGCCAUUUUUUGACCAAAAACCCACCCUCCGUGAGUGAACAAAAAUUUUUUUAAUAGAAAAAAUUUUAAUGGAAAAAAAUUUUGAUAUAUAAGUGAUAAUUAGUAUAAUGAAAUCUAGAGCUAAUUCUGUUUAAUUUUAAACAAAUUGCGUUUUAAAACAUAAAUUUUGCAAAUUAAAUUAAUAUUUGCUUCCCAAUUUUUGCAAAUUAGGAUUUUUUUAAAUUUCGAAAAAAAUAUUUUUUAUAAAAUUUAUAUAUAAAAAUUUUUUUUAAAAAAAAAAAUUAACCCCCCUCCGUGAGCGAACAAAAUUUUUUUGUUCGCUCACGGAGGGGGGGGGGGGAGUUAUUAAAUUGGAACAAGAAUUUUUGUUCCAAUUUAAAAGGGGUGGAGUGAACUCCUAAACCUGAAACCUAUAUAUUUUUUUGGAGUAUGUGAACGGGAAAAUUCUAAUAGCAGCUGGAUGAUAAAAGCAAAUUUAAAAAAAUUAGAAGAUAUUGAGUUCUCAAAACCUUUCAAUGUAAUUUACGUAGAUUCUCUGUCAACAUUAAUAAGAGAGUUCAGGAUGAUAAAGCUUGCAGAAUUUCUGGACCUUAAUGAAUUUAUAAUGAAUCCUGCAAAAAAAAGCUUGAUCAGCAUUCCUUGUGCUCCAGUAAAUUAUUUUAGAAAUAUUGAAAGAAUUUAUAAUGCAUCUCAAUAUGAUGCCAUUCAAAAGAUCUGCAGUAAAACAACUGGCAUUACACUUUUGCAAGGGCCUCCAGGGACUGGAAAAACUCAAACACUACUAGGCAUUAUGUCAUCAUUUUUACUAUCAAAAAUUAAUUCGGGUGAAAAGCCACGUCUCCUAAUCCCCCUUCGUAUGCGAGCAAAAAAUUUUGCUCUCUCAUGGACGGGUUAAUUUUUUUUCAAAAAAAUUAUAUUAUUUUUUUAGCAUAUUGCUUUUUUUCGAAAUAUAAUAAAUCCAAAGUCGCGAAAAUUGUAAAGCUAAAAUCAAUUUAAUUUGUAAAAUCUAUCUUUAAAAACGCAAGCUGAUUGAAAUUAAGCAGAAUUAGCUAGGAUUUCAUAUAAUAAUUAUUAUUUAUAUAUCAAAAUAUUUAUAAAAUAAAUUUGCUAUCCCACGGAUGGUUUUUUGGGCUAAAAUAGGGAUUUUCCAAUAGUUUUGUUUGCCUAUGGAAGGAGGGGUGAGUUAGUAUGCGCACCAAGUAAUGCAGCCAUUGAUGAGCUGGCUUGUCGAGCAAUAGAGCAAGGUCUGUUCAACGAAGCAGGGAAUAAAAGGGAUGACCUAUCAUUUGUCCGCAUUGGGAAUUUUAAUUCUCAGCACCUUGAGCUUCGACAGAAAAAUCCUAAUGAUGCAAGAGAGCCACCAAAAUCUGUUCAAAGUAUCAUGCUAGGCAAUUUAGUCUCCGGAAGGCUCAAAAAAGAAGGGCUAAUUGAUCAACAAGAAGAGUUAAAUGAAAUUAAAAAAAAACUAAAUAAUGUUGAAAGGAACAUUAAUUGACUAUCAAAAAAAAUAAACAUAAAGGAAAAAGAAAAAUUUACUGUAGAAAAAAAUACAUUAACAAGCAAUAUGUAUAGAAUUAAGCAUAACAGAGAUAAAUAUAGAGAUCGAAGAAAAGCUCAAGAAUUGGACAUUUUAUGUAAAUCUGACAUAAUAUUUUGCACACUAAGUGGGGCUGGAUCUAAAGAGAUUCAAGCAGUUCCUCAUGAUUUUGACUAUGUGCUGAUAGAUGAGGCUUGCCAAAGCAUAGAAUUAAGCACUCUAAUUCCUCUGCAAUACAAAGCAAGGCACGCUGUAUUGGUGGGAGAUCCUCGUCAGCUUCCAGCCACUACAUUUUGCCAAAAUUCUCAAAAUGUUCUCUACAAUAGAUCUCUUUUUGAAAGGCUUAUGCAAGGUGGCGCAGAAGUAAUUAUGCUUGAAAUCCAAUACAGAAUGACCAAAGAAAUUUGCUGCUUUCCAUCACUUUAUUUCUAUGAAGGCAGACUUCAAGUUGCAGAAGAGCUAGACAAUCGUGAAAAACCUUACUGGAUGCCUGCCCAAGAAGUAAUUUUCUUUGAUCUAAAAACAUCUUUUGAGUCCAGAACUUAUGAUGACACAAGUAUACAAAAUAUUAACGAAGCAGAAUUUAUCAUGGGAAUUUAUAACCAUUUUUCCUGCAUACACAGAAUGAAACUCAAUAUAGGGAUUAUCACUCCUUAUAAAAAGCAGGCUAAACUUAUACGAGAGUUGCUAUAUAAAAGAUAUGAAAGUGAUUGAAAAUCUGACAUUGAAGUUAAUACUGUAGAUGGGUUUCAAGGCCGAGAAAAAGAUUUGAUAAUUUUCUCAGCAGUGAGAUCUGGGAAUACUGUUGGCUUCUUGUCAGAUUAUAGAAGAAUGAAUGUCGCUAUUACAAGAGCGAAGUUUGGGUUAUGGAUUGUGGGGAAGGCAGAGUGCUUGCAAAGAAAUGAGCUGUGGCAAAAGCUAAUUGAGUCGUUUAAAGAAAGAAAUAUGUUCUAUGAGUGCAAAAGCUGAAGCGAAGUGCAGUCUAGGAUUACUAUGCCGAAGACAAAUAAUCAAAAUAAUAAACUGCCUAUAAAGCCUGCCCCAAAAGAGCCACAAAGGCCGAGAGAAAAAGCAGCUAUAGUUCCUAAGAAUAGAGAUCUUCAAAUGAAUUUUAUGAAGAAAAAAACAGAGGCUGAUGUGAAUAAAAUAAUGGAGAGACAUGUGCUUGACAUUAUUAAUAGAAAAUAA